CCACCGUCACUCUUUCUGCAUCUAUCUCACUUCACACUUUUAAAUAGAGAAACACACCCUUUGAAAGCGGAGCACCCAUCUUGGCACAAUUGGGGCAAGCGACAGUGCAGAAACAGGCGGUCAUUUGAGAGCUCUCUCUUGGUCCUCAAUCUAUUGAAUCUUCAUCCUUGCUCUCGUGUUUGUGCGCGCCUGUGCGCCUUCGGCACACCAUUUCAAAUAGGAAGUGGCCACCUGCAUAGGAAGACCCUCGAUUUUUGCUCUGUGCUCUACGGCCGAUGCUCAAGAAGUGGAUCACUGGGGGUUCAAACCAACAACCACAAUCUUCCGCUGCACACGCGAGUGGUACAGGGUCCGGCGAUUCCAUAAUUAAUGGAUCGGGUCAUGCAGGGACCCAAUAUGUGGAUGGGAGUGGUAGUGCACUCACCUCAGCGGAGGACGGAGGAGCGGAUGCCAAGCAGUUUGGCAUGGAAAAUUUUGGCAACACUUGCUAUGUCAAUUCUGUGCUACAAGCCCUGUAUUUUUGCCAGCCGUUUCGGGAGCUCAUCUGCUUAACGCCCGACCCACACGCGACGACACCAUCUGGUGUACAUCCACCUGUCCCUCAGCUCGUCCGAUCCGAUUCCCCCUCAUCUACACCACCCUUGCACAAAGAUGAGCGCCCGUUAAGGGGCCACCCCCAAACAACUACGCAACCGCCUCCGACACCUGCCCCCAUCCCUUCAACUCUCUUCUCCGCUCUGCGUUCCCUAUACUUGCACAUCUCAUCACACCCUCAAAUGAAGGGGACGGUACAACCGACAUCAUUCAUCACGAAAUUGAAGAAGGAAAACGAACUGUUUAGGAGCUCAAUGCAUCAGGAUGCUCAUGAAUUUUUGAAUUAUUUACUUAAUAAAAUUGUGGAGGACCUAGAGGGGAACGUCCAAGGGAGGGAGGAUCUGUCACGAUCAAUUGCAUCCACACGCACAUCCAACGAGUCAAAUAAUGUUGCACGGCCACCUCAUCCAAGAACACUCGUUCAGACGCUCUUUGAAGGAGCGCUGACAAAUGAAACGCGGUGCUUGACCUGCGAAAUUGUCUCGUCUCGGGAUGAGGCAUUUCUGGAUUUGUCGAUCGACAUCGAACGGAAUUCGAGCGUCACAUCUUGUUUGAAGCAGUUCAGUGCGAGCGAAAUGCUGUGCGAAAAGAACAAGUUCUUCUGCGACUCAUGCUGCGGUCUCCAGGAGGCUGAGAAGCGGAUGAAAAUCAAACGGCUACCGAACGUGCUUGCGCUGCAUUUGAAAAGGUUCAAGCAUAAUUGGGAUGAGGACAAGUAUGUCAAGCUCGGUUAUCGAGUGGCGUUCCCGCUCGAAUUGAGGCUGUUCAAUACCGUGGAUGAUGCAGAGGAUCCAGAUAGGCUGUAUGAACUCUUUUCCUUUGUGGUACACAUAGGAGGUGGACCGCACCACGGUCAUUACAUAGCGAUCGUCAAGUCGUAUGGUGGAGUGUGGCGCGUUUUUGACGAUGACAACGUCUCGACCAUCCAGGAAUCGGACAUACCGAAAUAUUUUGGCGACACAUCUACAGCAGCUGGCUAUGUACUGUUCUACCAAGCGGUAGACAUGGACUCUGAAGCGAUUGGACUUCCCCGAAAACCUCCCCGUAUUCCUGCAAUUGGGUUCUCGGACGCUUUGCGCUCGACGUUCUCUGCUCCGACUGAAUCGAGAGCGUCUUUUUCUGCCCAAUCCGUUUCUGGCCCGGACACGUCGACAACGCCGCAUCUGAAUCCACAUGAAUCUUCUGCCUCUUCUAGGGUAUCUAGCGAAAUUCAACCCCGAUCACCUUCCCCGCACAAACUUCACAAGUCAGCGCCCAGGGUCACCAAAGCACCAGAGUCAUCCGCGGCUUCAUCAACACUACUAUCAUCGUCUCAAUCGCUCACUCCGUCCUUUUUCCGAAAGAAAGAACGACCAUCCCCUACGAGAGCAGAGCUUGCUCCUGCCAAGUUGACCUUACACAAGGAGCCGUCAAUGCUCUUCUCCCAAAUCGCUCCACAUUCCUCUACAAACGAGAAAGAAAAGGAUAAUCAUCGCACCUCGUGGUUCAGAACGAAGCGUAAAGAUAGUCUGAGUACAGGCUCCACAACGACUCUUCUAACAGCGGCACCCAGUGUGGAUCAUCCCACUGCUAACCCUUCUCCCCCCGUUUCAUAUAGUCCCACUGGUUUACAACGGAGACGAACGUCUACAGAUCUACCUCGCAUCCACACGUCCGUGCGGCCCCGAACUGCUCCUGAAUCCCCUCAGUCAUCACCUAAGCGCUCAUCCAUCAUAAACCCCAACAUUCCCCCUGUCCCUCCCCUCCCAUCCAACUUGCAUUCAUUUGCACCUCAACCAACCACCACUCCCUCUACCGUUCACCUUGCCCCUCCUCCUAGUCCCAAUCAAGGACAAACCGGACACAAAAGGCAUUCAUCCCUUACCAGGCCUUCUAUAUCCGCUUUUCUCAACGCUCGUACUGCUGGAGGAUCCCCAACUGUGGAUGAUGGCCUCUUCACUUCCGGUCCCCCGUCGACAUCUCCACUAAACGUUACGCUCGAGACGCCCAUCAGUCAUCACAGAUCGCCGCGCCGAACUAUUUCCGCGCAUCCAUUAUCUCCAGCAAGACCGCUCAGUACAGGUGAUCCGUCUUCAUCGGAAUCAUCUUUUGGUACGGUGAAUCCCCCCCGUCCGAUGAUAAAUGGACGACCCCCCUCAUCAUCGAGGCCUGGGAGUGUUGUCGGGGAUUCUUUUGCUCUACCUCUUUCUGUGCCGGAGAAACCGUUAGCGGACUCGGCGGUGCAUCGGUCGUCACCGCUGCAAACGAGCGAAGCAAGGUCCGUGUCUCCACUUAUUGAGAACGAGAACGAGAACGGUGUCACGACGACAACGACGAAGAAGCCCUCUAGAAAGAUGAGUCUUACUGGACAUUUGGGUAUCUUCGGAGGGUGGGGAAGUUCGUCGAGGGACAAGGAGAAAGAGAGGAGAGGACAUGGGGUCAACGGGAAGGAUCAUAGCCAUGGGUCUCAUCAUGCUUAUCCACCUUUAGUAGGAGAGAAAGAGGGACUGAGGAAGGGUGAGCGGGAGAAAGAGUCGGAGAAGGCCCAUCGGGAGAAAACGACGAUUUCUUCGGGUGGUGGUCCUUCGUCGCGACACGUUCCCAAUGGGAUGGUGGAUUUCAUGAGCAGUCUUAGGUUUUCAGGCUGAGAUUUGUUAGGGACUCGGAACUAAAAGGGAUCUCUCGGGUUUGCUCCCUUUACCUGACUCACUGUAGUCUCCGUCCCCUCCUUUUUUUUCUUUUCUGAACUUGUAAUUUUGUUUACUCCCAUGUUUUUGUCUCUACUUUUGUUUCUUCGCUAUUUUUAUGAGUG